AUGUGUCCUAACUUAUCGCGACCACCACAUCAUAGAAUUGAGCUAUACAUCAAUGGUCUAGCACCACAUGUCAAGGGUUUAGUCACUGCAGCGAAUCUUGACAACUUGCCUCGAAUCAUCCGCUUAGCCCACAAAAUCACAGAUCAGGAGGUGGAGCGUGGCUCGCUACCACCACGUAUUACUGCUACUGUCACUACCGCUACAACUACUACUCCUGCUAAAGUGCCCAACUCAAACCAGUCACAGAAGAAGCCAGACAACAGUAACAACCGCAGCUUUAGUCAGUCAUCCUCUGUUAACCAAAACCAGAGCAACAAUUCGAAUCAGGGUUCUUACACGGGGAAACAACCAAAGUGUAGCAAGUGCAACUACCAUCAUCGUGGUCCGUGCACUCGAAUCUGUCACAGGUGCAACAAAGUGGGCCAUAUGGCUAGCGAUUGCAGGGCCCCGUUCCUUAAACAGCAGCAGCAGCAGGAACAACCUCCACAACAACAGCAGCCGCAGCAACAGGAAAGGCAGCAGCCUCAACAGAACCACGGUAAUCGUAAGGGGUGCUUCCAGUGUGGAGACGAGGGUCAUUUUAGGAAGGAUUGCCCUCAACUGAAUCAGAAUGCCGAGAAUAAUAACAACAACACUAGGAACGACAACAACGGGAACAAUGGUGGGAAUGGUGCACGUUGA